AUGCAUGCUGGGCAACUAUCACACGAACUAGAGGUAGCUGUGCCUGCCAGCGAGGUGUGGGAAAUCUAUGGUACCCUGAAACUGGGGAAGCUUUGCGAAGAACUUCUCCCGGAUGUCAUCCACAAGGCAGAAGUAGUUGAAGGCGAUGGAGGGGUUGGCACAGUGCUCAAAGUUACACUUCCACCAGGUCUGGUUUCUUAUAAAGAGAAAUUCACCAAGAUUGAUAAUGAAAAGCGUUUGAAGGAGGUAGAAGUGGUGGAAGGAGGAGCCUUGGACCUUGGGUUUCGUUUGUAUCGAAUUCGCUUGGAGAUUAUUGAGAAAACUGAAGUUUCAUCGCUAAUCAAAUCAACCGUAGAGUAUGAAAUUGAUGAUGAGUCAGCCAACAACCCUUCGUUUGCGACCACUAAGCCACUGGAGCAAAUUGCAAUGGCCAUGGGGAAGUAUCUCACUGAACUUAAAACAGAGUAG